AUGGUCGCAUAUUGCUCCGCUGCUACCGAAACCCCAAGCCUCCGCCAACGGGGGUCCCAAACCGAUUCCCAACCGCCCGGUGUUUGA